GUAUAAAGAAAAUGGUGACGUCAUAGCCGUCAACAAUGUGAAACUAUGAACUGAGUGCCUCUCACAUGAUUUCUUUAAACAACUUCACACAUACGACGAAUGUUAGCACACCGUUGCACAGACAGUUCACGUACACAACCGAAAAUGGCUAUCAGAAUAGCGAGAUGUUCGUAUACGAGUUCGAAAAUUCGAGUUUCGAGGAGGCGAACUUUUCGAAUUCGAGUUUCGAGUCGAAUGGGAACUAUUCGGAGUACGCGGAGAUUCCGUAUUACAUAAAGGCUACGUCGAUGACUUUUUGUAUAGUGAUAAUGUGUUUGGGCGUGAUAGGGAAUGUGAUGGUGCCAAUAGUGAUUCUGAAGACGAAGGACAUGAGGAAUUCAACGAACAUUUUCCUAGUGAAUCUGAGUAUUGCGGACCUGAUGGUGCUUUUGGUGUGCACUCCUACAGUGCUGGUGGAAGUGAAUUCUAAGCCGGAGACGUGGGUGCUGGGGAAAGAACUAUGUCUAGCAGUCCCUUUCGUGGAGCUGACGGUGACCCACGCCUCGGUCCUCACGAUCCUGGCUAUCAGCUUCGAGCGGUAUUACGCAAUCUGCGAGCCCUUGAGAGCUGGAUACGUCUGCACCAAGACCAGGGCAGCGCUGAUAUGUGCUCUGGUCUGGUUCUUCGCUGCACUGUUCACCAGCCCCAUCCUUGGCGUGGCCACAUUCACCUACGAGCACUACGACGACGGCACCGAAGUCCCGGUCUGCCUCACCCAAGCAGACACCUUCUGGUCUGCUCUCUUCUUCAUCCUCACCAUCGCUGUCUUCUUCAUCGUACCCCUCGGCGUUCUACUAGUCCUCUACAGCGUCAUCGCAAAAAACCUCAUGGAAAACCCGGCCAUCAUCGCCCAGAACACAAAAAACACCAGCAACACUGGCAACGUCAUCAGAUACAGAAAACAAGUCAUCCUAAUGCUGGGAACAGUCGUACUAUCAUUCUUCCUAUGUCUACUACCGUUCAAAGCGUUAACGCUGUGGAUUAUCGUAUUCCCCCCUGAGACAAUAAUGUCAUUAGGCAUAGAUGGUUAUUAUAUACUUUUGUAUUUUUGUAGGGUUAUGCUGUAUUUAAACUCGGCUAUCAAUCCGAUCCUGUACAAUUUGAUGUCAUCCAAAUUCAGGGAAGGAUUCGUGAAGCUGCUUAAGAUAAAUAAGUUGAUGAGGUGCAGUAGGAAUUUAAGGGAGAACAUGCAAAGGCGAGACACUUUCAAUACGACCACAUCUACUGGAUUUUCGAGUAGCAAAGACCAUUCAGAUUCUUUCUGGAGACGCUACAGUAAUAGAACAUCGUCCCAGAAGAAUAUUAUCAAUAGGGAAAGCAAAAGAAUCAAAGAAAUCGACGUUACUGCCAAACCGUUAAAAGUAAGUGAAAUCAUCAACGUCCAGAACACAAGGCGUAAUAGCAUGAAGAUAAUAGCAGCUAUGAACGAAGUCAACGACAACAUUGAAGUGGAAAUACAUGAUAAUCAUUUAGAUAAUAACGAUGAAGCAAUAACUGAAGAAGUCGAUCAGAACAAUAAGCAGAUACAAAUACUGAAUUUAGAUGUUAAGACCAAUAAUGUGUAUUCUAUAACGUUAGAUGUAAACGAGAAUGGGGAGGGGAGAAACAGGUUUGUAUGUGUGCCGGCGCAGGAUAGAGAGAACAAAAAUAUAUUUGUAUACGACUUUAAGAGCAAAGAGAGUUUUGUGUAGGCGUAGGUUUUUUACGUGGGUGAUUGGACCGAUCCUGAACGUUUCUGUGAACGAUGUUUGGCCUAAUUUUGAGAUUUUUUGCUGUCUAAGUCUUCAUAUCAAAAGUAUAUAUCCACAGACAAUACUAGGAGCCAUUUUGUAUAACAAUUAGAAUCACUCGUUUAUUAAUUUCAAACAAUGUUGUAGAAUUCUUUGGGGAAGGCAUUGGACAACUGUCUAGCAGUAGUCUUUUGACAGAAAUUAGAAUUAUUAUGAUCAGGUGAUUUGGUAUCCACUGGAGGAGUACGACCCUCUCUAAUCUACCAGAGGCAAAUGGAGGAUUUAGCUUUCACUCCCCACGAUGGCCAGACGAAUUGGAGAGGCAUAGGGACUCGUACAUGACGACAGGACCGACGACAUCGUAAAGGUAGCGGGAAAGCGCUGGACGCAGGCCGCUGCCAACAUGGAAAGCAUUGGGGGAGGCCUAUGUUCAGCAGUGGACAUCCUGUGGCUGAGAUGAUGAUGAGGUACUCGUACAUAAGCAUCUUUGCUCAUUGGUCAUUUUAGUUAAUUUAUUUAGUUUUAGAGACAACAAAAUCUCAAAAUCAGGUCCAAUAUACUGUGGUGCGAUUGGCCAAAGGCAAAAAAGCAUUUAUAUUAUGUACCUAAUCUUAGAAAUAAUAUGCGUUUGUAAAAUUGUGUUUGGAUUGGAGUGUAUAUUUUAUAUGUUGACGACAUAUUUUUUAAUCAUUUUAAUGUGGUAUAAUAAACAUUUUAAUGAAAUGUAAAAUAAUGUGUACUACAAUUUCAUAAAAUGAAAAUAAAAUGUACUGUUUAGAAUGCCUUGAUUUUGUGCGAGAAAUAAAAUACAUGUUUUG